AUGGCACCCACUGCCUCUUUUGAUCCACCUUCAGCUGACCUUCCAGGCAAGCCUUUCGUGCCAGAAUGGGUCCCACCCCCAGUCACCAGAGAAACCCACAACUUUGCCCAAUUGAAGUCUAUUGAUCUAUCUAAACUCGAUUCAGACGAUCCGACCGUCGUCGACAACCUUGUUCAGGAAGUCAAACAAGCCAUUCGCGAAGAUGGUUUCCUUUUCCUUGAGAACUAUGGUAUCUCUCUAGAGCAACUCCAUCGACAAUUUGCUCUUGCACAGUUUUUGUACAAGAAUAUUAGUCAACAAGACAAGGAUCGUUUGCUCUUCAAUCCCGAUACCGGCGAGUGGUCAGGAUACAAGCAUCCAUAUGGCUUUAAGCGUCAUCGCGGCCCUCCAGACGGCAUUGAGCAAUUCAACUGGUACAAGCCUGACUGGCAGUCGCUCGACCGCAUUCCCACGUGCCUUCACCCGUUCAUGGACGAAAUCGAGGAAUUUUGUAACUACCUAACAAAGUCUGUAAAUCGCCGUCUUCUCACUCUCUUUUCUCGCGUCCUUGAAUUGCCGGACGACUACCUCUGGACGAAAGUGCAAUCGCACGGUUCUCCCACAGGCGAAGGAUACUUCCGACACGCGCUAUUCCGACCCGUCCAGAAAUCGACCGAAGAAGCAUCGAGAGGUUUGCGUAUGCACGGACACACAGACUUCGGUCUCACAACGCUUCUCUUCUCUGUACCGAUCUCGUGUCUUCAGAUCUGGGGGAAGGAUGAGCAGUGGUACUAUGUUCCGUACAAACCAGGCGCACUUGUAGUCAACAUUGGUGACACGCUGGAAAUCGUAUCUGGCGGUCAUUUCAAAGCUACACGGCACCGUGUAUUCAAGCCACCGAUCGAUCAGAUUCAUCAGGAGCGUCUAUCGUUGGUGCUGUUCAAUAGCUCUCUUGGUGACUUGCGCAUGAGUCCUGCUUACGAUUCACCCCUUAUCCAACGCGAUGGCUGUAUUGAGGAGCAAGGUAUCUAUAAAGAGUUCAAGAAGCGCACGUCACAGGGCGAAGUGGCACCAACAAAUCGUCAAUGGCGCGAAAUUCAGAUCGCCACGGCAACGGAUCCUACUGAUGUGGUCCAUAAUCGAGUAGGCGUUCACCAAACAGUUAUCAAUGGUAAGCUCAUGCACACGAGAGAGUACAUGGGCAUGAAGGUUGUGCUUCCUGUCUAG